UAAGGUGCCAUCCCUAUCAGGUGCCAUAGUUAACCUCCCUCCCUUCACUUUUAAAAUACGUCUGGUCCACGAGGAGGUAGAGUCAACAGACCUGGGCAAGGCACCGGUCCAUGUGUAAUUUGCUGUCUCGCUGUACCACAGAUGGGCACUCAGGGCUGUAUUCAAUAAUGCUCUCCAUUCUAAACUAAGGUCAGUAACAGGUCUUAGCUGUUUAUUAUCCUGUCAUUAAGGUGCCAUCCCUAUCAGGUGCCAUAGUUAACCUCCCUCCCUUCACUUUUAAAAUACGUCUGGUCCACGAGGAGGUAGAGUCAACAGACCUGGGCAAGGCACCGGUCCAUGUGUAAUUUGCUGUCUCGCUGUACCACAGAUGGGCACUCAGGGCUGUAUUCAAUAAUGCUCUCCAUUCUAAACUAAGGUCAGUAACAGGUCUUAGCUGUUUAUUAUCCUGUCAUUAAGGUGCCAUCCCUAUCAGGUGCCAUAGUUAACCUCCCUCCCUUCACUUUUAAAAUACGUCUGGUCCACGAGGAGGUAGAGUCAACAGACCUGGGCAAGGCACCGGUCCAUGUGUAAUUUGCUGUCUCGCUGUACCACAGAUGGGCACUCAGGGCUGUAUUCAAUAAUGCUCUCCAUUCUAAACUAAGGUCAGUAACAGGUCUUAGCUGUUUAUUAUCCUGUCAUUAAGGUGCCAUCCCUAUCAGGUGCCAUAGUUAACCUCCCUCCCUUCACUUUUAAAAUACGUCUGGUCCACGAGGAGGUAGAGUCAACAGACCUGGGCAAGGCACCGGUCCAUGUGUAAUUUGCUGUCUCGCUGUACCACAGAUGGGCACUCAGGGCUGUAUUCAAUAAUGCUCUCCAUUCUAAACUAAGGUCAGUAACAGGUCUUAGCUGUUUAUUAUCCUGUCAUUAAGGUGCCAUCCCUAUCAGGUGCCAUAGUUAACCUCCCUCCCUUCACUUUUAAAAUACGUCUGGUCCACGAGGAGGUAGAGUCAACAGACCUGGGCAAGGCACCGGUCCAUGUGUAAUUUGCUGUCUCGCUGUACCACAGAUGGGCACUCAGGGCUGUAUUCAAUAAUGCUCUCCAUUCUAAACUAAGGUCAGUAACAGGUCUUAGCUGUUUAUUAUCCUGUCAUUAAGGUGCCAUCCCUAUCAGGUGCCAUAGUUAACCUCCCUCCCUUCACUUUUAAAAUACGUCUGGUCCACGAGGAGGUAGAGUCAACAGACCUGGGCAAGGCACCGGUCCAUGUGUAAUUUGCUGUCUCGCUGUACCACAGAUGGGCACUCAGGGCUGUAUUCAAUAAUGCUCUCCAUUCUAAACUAAGAAAUGGAGCAGGGCUGGAGAUGCAAGAUGACAGGUUCAACCGGAUUGAGCAGGAAGCGGACCAGAGUGUCCGUAUACUCAUGGACAUCAAUAGGCUGCUCUUGGGCCCGCAGAUGGUUGUCCCAUCCUCACAGACCUUUGUGCCACUUGUAGAGGAUGGGCAAAACGAGAAAACUCCCAAUUGGACCUUAGGCACCAACAUUCCCUCUGCUGAGUUUUUCACUAUGGUUUUAAUGGAUCUAGCGACAUACUUGUUCUACCGGGAAGACUACACUUUGGCACUUGAAUACUUUGAGAAGUCCAAGCGGGAGUUUGAAAAGUGGAAUGGUAACACUGCUGCUCUGGAGGGGUACUGUAAGACUGAUAUGGCCACAAUUGAAGGCUACAUCACGGCAUGUCAAGCACCAGUAAUGUCAUCGGGACUGUCUCUCACUGACAGGUUCAUGAUAUCAGUCAACAAUCACUAUGAGGGUAUACUGGCGAUCCUAGCGGAGGACAACUUGAAGCGUGAAGUGCCAGUGAGUAUGCGAGAGAGUCUGGAACUGGACAUUGCAGCGGCAAUCUCCUCUGGAGGUUUCACAGCCACCAGGGAUCUCAUCUUCCAGAUCCAGUCACUCAACACAGUGUACAAGCGGGCUGCAGAUCUCCCCUGUCUCUACGACUACUGUGAAAAACUCGUGGCUGCUCGUAGAGGAGUCGAGAUCUUUGCCUGGGCACUGAAAGCUACACUAACGGACUCACGACCAGAUGAGAGGGAGCAACUUAGUCUGUUUGUGGUGGAACUACUGGAGAAUGUUGAUGCUGGAGUCCAGUUAGAGCUGAUAGGACACGAGAUAGUGAGGCAGCUCAGUAGAGACCAGACUGUCUUGCAGUCCAACAUUAAAGCACCGGUUACACAACUCUUUGUGCCCCCUGAUUUCAACAACAUCCAGUUGAAGAACGGUGAACUUGAAAAUCAGUUGAUAAACAGCAAUGAGCCACUCCAUAUUAAAGAAAUAAUCAUCAAACUGGUGGAAGCAAAUGCUAUCAGACCUGUUUGGCAGAUUGAAAACAAGUGGGAGCUUGGCACCCCUCUCCACGCGAUUGUGCUCAGUAUUCCCUCAGAAAUGAUGCAGCAUUACUUGUACGUUUUGCUUGGCAAGGCAAAAUAUUUAGAUAGUCUUGGGAGGUUUGAGGUGGCAAGGCGGCUGUUGGUGGCAGCUGAGUCUGAGGUCACACACCACGGAGGUAUGAUGAAACUGGCUCAGCUUAUUGCGUGGGAAAUAUUGCUGGUAGAGUGUCACCAUCUGCACGCCGAGUGGCCUAAUAAGACUCCAGGAUGUACUACGGUGGUUUCCCGCUGCCAAGACAUUCUGCAGCCUAGUGAUAUGAUGGUGCUGCCACGGGUGGAGGUGGUGGAGACCGCGGCUGUCACCCUGCUAAACCUGGGCGAUUGGGAGACACUGGUCAACCAGGCCUCGGACAAGCGGCUGGUGCUCUGUGACCUCUCCGCCUCGCUGGCUCAAGCUUGUCAGGACAUCGUCAAAUACAAGGGCAACAAGAAGAUCUCCCGCGGAGCUUGGGAUCUUAUUGUACCUGUGUUCGUGUACGGCUCCAGUUCAGGGCUUGGCAAGAGAGGGCUAGUUCACGAGGCCCACCAGCCUCUUCUACAGCCAGUGCUGCGAUUGUGCGGCCAAUUGCGGGACUGGACCGUACUUAGUGCUGCCAUAUCUCUGCUGGCCAGACUACACAAUAUCCUACGAGACGAGACUACCCUGGAGCUUGUCUGCGAACACACGGCCCUCUGGCCUAGUGUUGUCAGCAGUACAAAUUCUUACAACAUCCAAUUGGUUAGUGAACAUCUGUGGCAGUUGGUCAACUCUGCCCUUGAGUAUUAUCCCAAGAACAUCAGCUUACACAAACUGUUAGGAGAUUACUAUUAUGUUGGAGAACACUAUAGUGCAGCAGUAAAACAGUACCUGUUGGCUGCCGUGAUAGCGACAGACAGCUUCAGCCGGCCUCUGACCAAGGCUGUAAUGGAAGAUUAUGUGUACAAGCGGAUGAUCAAGUGUUUGAGCCAGUUACACUGUCACACUCAGGCUGGAGUCCUUUGCCAAUUCCUGGAAGAAGUGGACUACAACACGGCCUUUAAGAGCUUUACAGAGAGUGUCUGUCAUGAUUGUAUGGACACGUACUAUGACUGUAUCUGGGAUGUGAACAUCCUGGAGUACCUCAUCUACCUGCAGAACAAGAAGGGUAACAAGGACCGUGCCAAGAAGGCUAUUGAUAUGAUCGGCUUGCUCGAGCUCAACGCUAACAACAACGAGGAGAUCAAGCGAGAAGCAGCAAACAAGCGAAAGAUCAGGUUUAUGCAAGCACUCGUUAGACAGUAUGUUCUGUGAUAGUACUUUUGUAAGUGUUGUUUUAGAAUAGUGUAUGUAAAGGAUGUACUUUUUACUCUGUGUAAAUAUUGUAAAUAGCUUAAAAUAAGUUUUGUGUCAUGUUUAAGUAUACAAUGUUAUCAAAUGUAUGUUAAAUUAAUUUGUGUAAAUAAACAACUUUGGAACUAUUGAA